AUGGCACAGAGGAGAGAAGAACAGCCAGGGAGCCGGCCAAAGAAGACAUGUUUCGUCACAGUAGGUGCUACGGCAUCCUUUAACGCCAUGAUUCGAGAGAUCCUGCAUCAGGAUUUUCUAGCGGCUCUCAAGGCAAACAAUUACACCACUCUAACCAUCCAGUACGGCCGGCAUGGAGACGAACUAUUCCGCUCGUUCGUCAAGGAGAAUGAAAAUGAAGUACUUCAUAAUUAUGGGCUGACCCUGACGGGCUUCGACUUCAAUAUAAAUGGCCUCAAGGAUGAGAUGUGUGCAGCCAAAGCAAAUCCAAGCAGAAAUACGGCCGAGGGUCUUGUCAUCAGCCAUGCAGGGUCUGGGACUAUAUUGGAGGCGCUGAGGCUUGGUCUGCCUCUCAUCGUGGUGCCAAAUCCAGCAUUGAUGCACAACCAUCAGGCAGAGCUAGCAACGGAGAGUCUUGUCCCUGCUCUCCACGAAGCAGAGAAGCUCCGCGAAAAGAUCCAUUCAUGGCCUCCCAAGCGCGCAGGCACAGAUUCUAAGGGGUUAGCUUGGGUGAUGGAAGAUGAGCUUGGAUUCCUCGAUUAA